GGCAGGUUUGGUAUAUCUAAGGGUGGCGACAUAUGGUGUAUUCUAGCUACUUUACGUAAAAUCAUGAAUAAUGGAUUACAUUUAAAUAUUUUAUGUCAAACACAAUAAAAAUAAUAUUUAAAAACCCACCUAUACAUUUUUUCAUAAAUUGGCAGGCUUGGCGAGUACUACUUCGAAUAAAAAUAGCGUCCAAGUUGCAAGACUAUGUCGCUACCCCCUUACAUAUACAAGAAUUUCCCACUAGCACCUAUUGUUUGACAGGUCGUUGGAAUGCCUAAUAGUUCUUGUGUUGCGGGUUGCGGUGCUACUGUCAUUAUUUAUUAUUUUGAUUUGAAUUUUUAUUUUAUAUAUUUUUGUCAAUUCAUUCUUCAUUCAAUGAUACAAAUAACCUUUAAGUUUAAGCUUAUAAAUAUAAACAAUCAAGUGAUAAGCAAGUAAUCUUUAUAUUCUAGAUUUUAAGAAAUAUAUUUUUUUUUAAAUUUGCGGUAGGUCUUAAUCGAAUAAAAUUAUGAUAAUUACAUGCAAAAACGCAUUUAAAAUCACCAACAUUACUUUAAAAUCAUUAAUGAAAAUGUCGACAGCAACAGAAGCCGCCGUAAAUAAGUCGCAGAAGAUCACAAUUAACAAUCAAACAAUAAAUUUUGUCAAAGUGGGUACUGGACCAAGAAACCUGCUAUGUUUUCCCGGAGCUUUGGGGACAAUUUGGAGCGAUUUCAAGCCGCAAGUCGAAGGUCUGGAUAGGAACCAAUUCACUUUGGUAGCAUGGGAUCCGCCUGGAUAUGGCGACAGCAGGCCUCCAAAUAGACAUUUUGGCGUGGAUUUUUAUGAAAACGAUGCCGAUUGUGCUCAGAAAUUCAUGGAGGCUUUAGGCAUAACCAAAUAUUCACUACUGGGCUGGAGCGAUGGUGGUAUAUCGAGCAUAAUUUUAGCUGCAAAAUAUCAACAAAACGUGGACAAAUUGGUCAUAUGGGGCGCUAAUUCUUACGUUGUCAAGGAAGAAUUGGAUAGCUGUGAAAAACUUCGAGAUAUUAGUAAGUGGUCAGAUAGAAUGAAGGCUCCUCUAGUGGACAUGUACACAGAAGAAGGAUUGGUAAAAAUGUGGAACCAUUGGUGCGAUACCUUUGCAGAAAUAUAUAAAAAUGGUGGGGAUAUCUGUAGUAAUUUGUUGAAGGAUGUGAACUGUCCCACUUUAAUUUUACACGGGGAUAAAGAUCCAAUGGUAGCUCCUGAACAUCCUGGUUAUUUGUUCGAGAAUAUCAAAAAAGCAAAGUUGCAUAGAUAUCCAGAUGGCAAACACAACAUUCAUUUAAAAUACGCCGAUGAUUUUAACAAACGUGUUACUGAAUUUUUAUUGCAAUAAUGACAGCACAUAAUUAUGAAGAGCCGAUAGCCAAAAUUGUUUUUAUUAUUAUAUCGAUCAAAAAUGAUUAUUUUUAAAAUAUUUGUUAGAAAAUAAAAAUUCUGUUGUUUAAAUUAUGUU